AACGAGUCUUGAGUUUUCUUCUGUAAAUCUUCUUGGAACUUGGAGCCCAUAGAGGAUUUUAAUUUCAUCAAAACUUUGUUUUCAAUUUCCCUAAGAACCACUUACUUCCAGAGGAUCAGUGGAAUUUGAUUUGAAGACUGGCCAUGACAUCUCAAGGUCAAAAUUGGACUUCCAGUUCAUUUGAUAACGAUGGAAAGAAUUUUCGUGGAAUGCUACUGGAUAUUAAUUCAAACCUGGGAGAUAAAGAAGUAGAACAAUUAAAGUUUCUCUGCCAAGAUUUCAUUUCCCACAAGAGUCUGGAGAAGUCCAGCUCAGCCUCGGAUGUUUUUGAUCAUCUCAUCACAAAGGGGCUGCUGAGUAAGGAAGAACCCUUUCUCCUAGCAGAACUCCUCUACAUCAUGCAGCAGAACUUACAGCUGAAGCACCUCAACUACACAAAAGAGCAAGUAGAGAGUUUGCUGCCCACCCAAAGGAAGGUCUCUCUGUUCAGAAACCUGCUCUAUGAACUGUCAGAAGACAUCGACUCAGAGAUCUUAAAGGAAAUGAUCUUCCUUAUGAAGGAUUCAUUACCAAAAACCCAUCUGACUUCCCUAAGUUUCCUGGGACAACUGGAGAAACAAGCUCUAAUAGAUGCAGACAAUCUGACGUUACUGGAACAUCUCUGCUCAAAAGCUGCACCUAACCUUUUGAAAAAGAUAAGAAAAUAUAGAAGAGAGAAAGAAGCUGAGCAAAGCCAACUGGGGGCCAACGAAGUAGCAUACUUUGAGGGGUGUGCCCCAGUGGUGGAGGAAGCCAAGGAGGGCCAGAAGGAAGAACUACUUUCUGUUUCAGAUAUUAAGCAAAUCCUUCAAGCCUUGCCGGAGGAAGCUGUGUAUAGGAUGGAUCGGAAAUACAGAGGCCACUGUGUUGUUAUCAAUAACCAGAACUUUACCUCACUGAAAGAAAGAAGAGGAACCCAAAAAGAUGCUGACUGCCUGAUGCAUGUGUUUCAGUGGCUUGGGUUUGUUGUAAAAAUAUAUGAUAAUGUGAAUAAAACAGAACUGGAGGAGGUUCUUAAGAAAUAUAAGAGUCAUCCAGACCAUGCUGAAGGAGACUGCUUUGUGUUCUGUGUCCUGACCCAUGGAAAAUUUGGAGCUAUCUUCUCUUCAGAUGAGGCCCUCAUUCCCAUUCGAGAAAUCAUGUCUCACUUCACAGCCCAGCAGUGCCCUGAUCUGGCUAACAAACCCAAACUCUUUUUCAUCCAGGCCUGUCAAGGUGAAGAGAUACAACCUUCUGUAUCCAUUGAAACAGAUGCUGUAAAUCCUGAGUCCACACUCCCUCCCCUUCAGGACAGUGUUCCUGUUGAGGCGGAUUUCCUUCUUGGCCUGGCCACUGUCCCUGGCUAUGUAUCCUUUCGUCAUACCACAGAAGGGAGCUGGUAUAUUCAGUCUCUGUGUAAUUAUUUGAAGGAGUGGGUCCCAAGACAUCAAGAUAUCUUAUCCAUCCUCACUGCUGUCAAUGAUGAUGUGAGUCGACGAGGUGGAACAAAGAAACAGAUGCCUCAACCUGUUUUCACACUACGUAAAAAAGUCAUAUUCCCUGUGCCACGAAAAUAACUUUUAUUAUGGUAGGGAGGUUUCAUUGACUCUUAGACUUGAAAGGAACUUUCUCUUCUAACUUCCAGCCUACUAUAG